AUGCGCAUUUCCCCUUCUUUUGGAUCAGCAAUGGCGUCCUUCUUCAAGAUGUGCAGGUUACAUACGAUAGGAAGAGGCAGCGUGGUGAAGUGCCUACAGAAGGUCGAUACAUUUCUUCACAGGAAUAUUGGAACAAACGUUGUUGCUGUGCAAGAAGAAAAGAAUGGAUUCAAAUCUUUGUAUGCUGUCCAGGCAGAGAGACAAGAACAGGCAGAGAGAUCUGUUCUCAUCAGCUGCCACUCAAUGACGAAUGAGAAAAGGUUCCUCGAGUAUUUAGCAAAUUACGGAGAUAUCCAGAAAUACUUCUUUUAUGGAAUUUAUGCCGUGGUAGAAUUUGCCAACAAGGAAAGUAUUGCCUCAUUGUUUGAAGGGACGGCCAUCCCUAGCAUCGGAACGGAAUCCAUGAUGCCUUUUAAAUCAAGACUGCUGUCAAUGAGGAACCUCGACUCAGUGGAUUUACGGAACCAGCCAAAAAAGCACCUAGCACAACAAAGCAUUCCCAUCAACGAGCUCAUACAGAGACUGUCCAAAGAAGAAAGUAUAGACCAACAGAUAACCUCCCUGACAGAAGCUCAUCAGCUAACAGAGGAGAGCUGCCGACUGCGCUUCCUCGUCUGCUCUCUGCUCAAGGACAUUGUAGCUCCUUUUUUCCCAGAAUGCACCAUCAAGCCAUUUGGCUCAUCAGUGAAUGGCUUUGGAAAGCUGGGCUGUGACCUGGACAUGUUUCUGGACCUGGAUGGCAUCAGUGGGAAAAAUGCAACAAUGCCAAAAUCCGGUCUGUUCCUGGAGUACCAGAUGAAGGCGGCCAAGUCUGAGCGGAUCGUCACCCAGAACAUCCUGUCCGGCAUCGGGACGUGCAUGGACCUGUUUGGACCCGGGUGUGUCGGUUUGCACAAGAUACUAGAUGCACGCUGUCCCCUGGUCCGUUUCACCCACCAGCCCUCUGGCUUUCAGUGUGACCUCACAGCCAACAACAGGGUGGCGAUGAAGAGCACAGAGCUGCUCUAUCUGUACGGAGAGCUGGACCCACGGGUGCGUCACCUGGUGUUCACCGUGCGCUGUUGGGCUCAAGCUCAAGGCAUCACCAAAAGCAUCCCCGGGGCCUGGAUCUCCAACUUCUCCCUCACCGUCAUGGUGCUGUUCUUCCUGCAGAGGAGGAACCCCCCUAUCAUCCCAACCCUGGAACACCUCAGGGACCUUGCAGGUCCCGAGGACAAGAGCGUGAUCGAGGACAACGACUGCACGUUUGUCAGCGACUUCAGCAAAAUCCAGCUCGAGAGCAACACAGAAACACUGGAGCAACUGCUGUGUGAGUUCUUUGAGUUCUACGCCUCCUUUUCCUUCAAAACGCUGUCAAUCAAUAUCAGAAAGGGCAGAGAGCAGAACAAGCCUGUGGGAGACCCGCUGCACAUCCAGAACCCGUUUGAAACCACUCUGAACGUCAGCAAAAACGUCAACACCACACAGCUAGGCCGCUUUGUGGCUUUGUGUCAGGAGAGCUCAUGGCUGAUCCAGCAGAAUAAAACCGCCCCAUCCAGAGGUGAUACUGAAGGAAAGGCUACUAUCACACUUUGGGGAGUAUCUAACCUCCUUCUGCCCUCCCAGAUUGAAGAGGUCAAACGCAAGCAAAACAGUAGCAAGAAACAGAAAUUCGAGCCGACGAACCAGUGGAUCAAGGACAUGCUGAAAUCCAUGAAGGCUACCAACAAUCAACAAAAUCAAAGUUAAACUCUUUGAGGUCGCAGAAAACAGCUCCAUCGUUUUACUAUCACUUCAGCUAAUGCAUUGGUCAACUCCACCGUUUGGUGUACUUUUCUGGUGCCUCACUGAGAAGGCGAGGAGCAGCUUUAGCAGUUGAUUUCAUCUGCUGGACUGUGCUGGACAAAUGUUCCAAACGUUGACACUGGAGGGUGUCACUGAGGCUUGUAUGUGCAUAUAUUUGGGCCUGCAAAAAGGGAGUUAUUACUAUGUACUAUACUGUGAACUUCCCUACUCUGUUGUAAUUUAAGCAAUUUGUGUGUGAACUGAUGCAAAUCCCUCCAGACGCUCUUUGGAACAAAAACUACCCUAACAUUUGAAUAUAUCUCAAACAACAAAAAUCAUUAUGGAUUUAUUUAUUUUGAAUUAAUAUUACAAUACGGACAGAAUGAUCAAGAUUCUGUUGCAAGUUAACACUGGGUUUGUUUAAUAUGGCACUCAAAAUCUGACAGAAGGCAGUUAAAAGAGUGGCAUGCAUCAGAAAUAAACCAGAAUACACAAGUUCUAUUAAUUAAAAAGAGUUUAUUGAAAAUAUAAAACGUAAUGCCUUUCUUUAUUAUUCAAAAUGUCUGAAAGAUGGAUAUCUUUUUUAAUGUUUCCAAGUCCUCCAGUAACUUGAUAGAAUAAAUGAAACCACAAUUUAUUUCACACCUGUGUAUUUCUCUGACAUGCUCAUAUUGAAUCUGAACCCCUGAUGUGUAACGUACUAGAGCAUGAAGAGGACUUUGUGGCAAGUUACAGUAGCUUACAAAACACUGCUGGCUAAGCACACUUGGCAUGCUUUUCACCUAUAGCUACUUAGCUAAAACUAACAGUCCUCAUAAAUCUAUGCUAUACAAAAUGAAGUUAAUAAUCCAUACAACAGUAGCUGUGUGACUAGCAAAAUCGUUUUAAUUGGUGAGCUACUGGAAACAAGCCUCUAUGCUAACUAGCUGGUAAUAUAUAUUCUAUCUCUUUGUUUCCAUGAAUUGCCAGUUGAUUGAAUGCUUAAUUUAACCAAAUAAGAUUGAAGUAAUGCAGUCCACUAAUGCUAUUAAUAAUUAUGUUAGCUUCAGCUAGUUAAGUAGAGUUACUAGUUGAAGAGGCUGGUUGUCCUUAAUUAGCUCAGCUUUGUUUCCAUGUAAGCUAGCUAGUCAUGAAGUCUGAUGCUCUACUCUUAUGCAUCGCUGAUCAUAAGGAACAUCUGGAAUUAUUCUUGGGGAAAUACUUUUACGUUUUAUGUUAUCUAUAUUUAUAAGUGGUAAAGAAAACUAAUUGUUCUAAUUGGAGAUUAAAAGAAAAGUAUGUAAAUCUGUUUUCACACUGCAGUUUAACUGUUUUAUGUAGUUAAUGUAUUCACCUUAGACUUCAGUCUACAUUUGUACUGCCUUUUGUACAGUAUAAAAAAACAUCUCAUCUG